AUGCCUCUAUUCGAGAAAGGUGAUGAGCCUUUCUUCGUAGCGAAGGUCGAGAGCACCUGUUGCUUGUGCAAGGGUAUCGUCGGGGAGGGCUCCCCUACCUUCCCCACGCAGUUCUCACCAGAGAAGCCUACAAGGUACCUAUGGGCGCAUCUGGAGUGUGCUAAGCAGGAGGCUGGUGGGGUUCUACCGGACGCGCCCGUUUGCAAGCAUUGGAAGUUCCACGGUCGAUGCCUUUACAAGGAGAAGUGUUUCUUUUCCCAUCCUCAAGAAGUCUUGGAGGAGUACAAUAGAAAGCAGGCCGAGAUAGAGGAAAAUGGUGGGCGGAAACGGAAUAGAGGACCAGGGAAGAGAAAUAAAGUACAAAACUACUCUCGAGCGUUUGUCUUCCGACGAUUCCUCCUCGACACAUAUGGAAUAGAAUUCCUUCGUAGUGGGUCGGGUGUGGUCGAUGUGGCUGGAGGGAAAGGCGAGAUAGGAUUUGAGUUGAAGAAUCUGAACGGCAUCGAAGCCACCAAUGUUGAUCCACGACCGAUGGAUCUUCGUAAAUUCGUCAAGAAAUACGAGUGGGAUAUCUACAAUCGCAAUCCUCUCUGGCGGAAGUAUCAAACGACAUAUGAUAAAAACUCGAAACCCUCGCCACCCCGACAUAUUCGGGCGUUUUUCGAUCCACCGUUGACUGACUGGGCCGCUGAUAUUGCACGAAGUACAGAAACGAUUUCUGGGAUAUCUUCGGUCGUGGCGAACGUGGCGUGGUAUAAAGAACAUUUGGAUAAGGCUAAACGCAUCAAAUGGAUUCGACAGGGGCACGAAGAGUUCUGUGAGUUGGCGAGUAAUUUCACCGCGGAUGAGGUCAGCACGGACGAUCCUGAUUUACCGGGGAGGAAGACUGCGACUAAGCCGGGGGCUGUCAAAUUUAAGGAGCCCGCGUCCCCACCCCCGGAAUACGAGUCGAUCGACGACUUGCAGACGGCCCUUGAGGUCUUGUCGAAUGCAUCGUUGGUGGUCGGGUUACAUUCAGACCAGGCCACAGAAAGGAUCGUCGAUUUCGCACUGGCGGCUGGCAAGCCGUUCGCUGUCGUGCCGUGUUGUGUGUAUCAAAAAUGCUUCCCUGAUCGAAAACUUCCUAAUGGUCAACUUGUGAAUACAUAUGAUGAGUUCAUAACGUACAUAUGCGCCAAAGACCCUCGAAUAAGAACGCAAGCGUUGGGUUUUGACGGUCGCAACAUUGCUGUAUAUCUACCACUACCUGAUGAUAUCUAAAGCGCAUUGGAGGAGGGGCUACGACCAAUGCACAGCAGCUCUUACGAUCGGUACAACUAUAAUACUCGUUUUACGACCCUUAUGGCUAUUACCACUUCACAAUAGUGUUGCAGAUUGACCGUUGUAAAAGCUCCUCUAGAAGUGGGGGGGUGUAUGUUUGAAUACGUCGC